GAUAGAAAUGUGAAUAAAUUUUCAAAGCGACUAUAUCCACCAACAAUGGCUCGUUUAGGUGUUUGUUGACAAUCAUCAUGUUCAUUGUUUUAUUUGAUGAAGAUUUUCAAUCAAUCCAAACCAAAUCUGACAUUUGAGACAAAAAAUGAAUGAAAUGGACAUGAUUUCCAAUUAUAAAAGUUUGGUUUCAAGUCUUGAACGUCAAGAAUUGAAUGCCGCCAUGAAUGGUCCGGCUUCUCCACAAAUUUAUGGACAAUUAUUAGCCAUCUAUUUGCUCAUCCAUGAUUUACCGAAUGCUAAACUUUUAUGGAAACGUAUACCAAAUGAAAUCAAACAAAGUAAUUCCGAAAUACAAGCCGUUUGGAAUGUUGGCGUUAAAUUAUUUAAACGUGAAUUAUCGGAUAUUUAUGCAUUAGUUGAUUCGGUUGAAUGGCCACUUCAUCUUAAUAACAUAAUGAAUUGUAUCAAAGAAGCAACUCGUAAUCGUAUGCUGAAUCUGAUUGGCAAAGCUUAUAGUUCCAUUCGUCUUGAUGUUGUUUCAUCAUUUCUUGGAUAUGAUGAAACGCAAACAAUUGAAAAGAUUCAUACACUUGGUUGGCAAUAUGAUUGUGAGACUAAAUUUGUUACACCGAAAAAGAUGCCAAACACGAUGGACGAUUCAUCGAAUGCAACAUUCGAUGAUUUAAUGAUCAAAUUAACAGAAUUGGUAUCAUUUCUUGAAAAUUGAUUUUUGUAAAUAAAUUUUUUUAUUCAUUUAUCAAAAA